AUGGGUGGCGGGGAUGAGGUGGCACCCGUCAAGAAGCCUUCGAAGCCAUUGGCUCGAAAUAUUACUGAACUAGAAGAAGGCGAGUCCUCCAAAAAGAUUGUUGAGAAAAUAUGCCAAGCAAGCUUUUCAGAUCAGUCUGACAGAAGUUGCCUAAUUAUAGAGAAGAUAUUAAAAGUUCAUAACAUGCAGAAAACUCUAGCUAACUUUGAAAAAUACAGGGAAUCAGUGAAGGCCAGAGCUAGCAAGCUUCAAAAGAAGCAUGCGCGCUGCAUAGCUGAUGGAAAUGAGCUUCUGAGGUUUCAUGGCACUACAAUUUCUUGUUCUUUAGGCGUUAAUGGUUCCUCAAGCCUGUGCUCAUCAGAGAACUGUAAUGUUUGCCGGAUCAUAAAGCUCGGUUUUUCUGUAAUAUGGGAUAUGAAUGAAGGGGUGGGAGUAUUCACGGCUUCGACAAGCGAAAGAGCAUUUGAAUCCAUUGAGACAAGCAAAGAAAAACCUUUGACGAAGAAGGCCUUGCUGGUUUGCAGAGCAAUUGCUGGGAGAAUUCAUAAGCCAUUGGAUAAUCUUCAAGAAGUGAUUGGUCUGCCAGGCUUUGAUUCAUUAGCAGGAAAGGUUGGUGGGCAUUCAAGUCUUGAUGUGCUUUAUUUGCUCAACCCACGAGCCCUUCUUCCUUGCUUUGUGGUGAUCUGUAAGUCGUAG